ACUUGGAAGAAGGUGCGGGAGGUUACGCAUGAGAGCCUGGGACCACUCUGAUAUCACAGCAUGCUCUGAUAUCACAAUAUAUUCUGUCAGAGAACGGGGAGAGCCAGUGGACGAACAGAUAGAUUGUUAAAGGAGAGACUACAUCGAUACCUAGCCAAAGCGAAGACAAUCACAUCAGAUUGGUAUGUCUGAAGCAUCGAAUGUAACUGUGCCACGUCUAAGCACUCUUUAUGAGAAAAUAACUUUCAAUCAACUUACAAGCCAGCGGAUUUUAAUAGUGGGACGAGGAUCCCUAAGAACUGAACCUACAUACCCGUAUAAACGAAGAUCUCUCUGCUCUGUACCUUAGUCCGAAGAAGCAGGUUGAAGACAUUGACUACACUGAUCGUACACUGUGAUCCGACAGUAAGGUCACCGCUCACUAUGUCCUCACUAAGAGGACCAGGCUUGACGAUAAACUCCGACAACUACAACCUGUCCAAUGUUUCUGAACAAGUAGCCAACCAAACCAUUAUUGCUGUGCAUGUCCCGGAAGAGAUAUUCCUGGCCCUGUGCUUGUUCACUCUGGUAGAGAACAUCUUGGUCGUGGUAGCCAUUUUGAAGAACCACAACCUUCACUCCCCAAUGUACUAUUUUCUUUGCUGUCUAGCUGUGUCUGACAUGUUGGUCAGUAUUAGCCAUCUAAGUGAGUCCAUGUACAUGUUUUUGAGAAGGUAUGGAGUCAUAGUGGUUGACCAGAAAACGGAUAUCCAGGUGGAUAACAUCUUCGAUAUGAUGAUCUGCUGCUCUGUAGUGUCUUCUCUGUCCUUUCUCGCAGCCAUCGCUGUAGACCGUUACAUAACAAUUUUCUAUGCCCUUCGUUACCACAAUAUCAUGACACACCGCAGAGUGUUAAUAGUCAUCAGUGGCAUCUGGCUGUACAGCACAGUCUGUAGUGUAAUUUUUAUCAUCUAUUGGCAGAAAAAAGAAGUCAUUAUUUGUCUUAUAGUUUUCUUUGUCCUCAUGAUGGUCUUGAUGGUAGCUCUGUACAUUCACAUGUUUGCCCUUGCACGACGCCACGCACGGAGCAUCACUACUUUGCAAAUGGGAACGAUGAGAAGGGUUAUGGUACCACAUUCCAGAGUAAACAUGAAGGGUGCAAUUACUCUCUCCAUCCUGUUGGGCAUCUUUUUUGUGUGUUGGGGCCCCUUCUUCCUCCAUCUCACCUUGAUAUUGUCAUGUCCUAAACACAUUCUCUGUAUUAAUUACUUUGAAUUCUUUAACUUCUACAUCAUCCUCAUCAUCUGUAACUCUGUCAUUGAUCCCAUAAUCUAUGCCUUCAGGAGUCGAGAGCUGAGGAAGACCUUGAGGGACAUUUUACUGUGCUCCUGUAGCCUGGCCGAGCAGACCACGGUAGAGUAUCUUCUGAAUUCUCCACCUGGUCUGACAGGAAACUGUUCGGCUUGCAAGGUGCUUAUAAGCGAGUGCGAGCCGCCCCACCUCCUCCACAGUCUGCAUCUUCCCAGAGCUGCCAGUAUGAGGGAGAUAGUCCACAUCCAGGCCGGCCAGUGCGGCAACCAGAUCGGAGCCAAGUUCUGGGAGGUCAUCAGCGAUGAACAUGGCAUUGACCCAAGUGGAAAUUAUGUUGGGGACUCUGACCUACAGCUGGAGAGGAUCAGUGUGUACUAUAACGAGGCUUCCUCUCACAAAUAUGUCCCCAGAGCCAUCCUAGUAGAUCUGGAGCCUGGGACCAUGGACAGUGUACGAUCAGGAGCCUUCGGACAUCUCUUCCGACCAGAUAACUUCAUAUUUGGACAGAGUGGUGCUGGUAACAACUGGGCUAAGGGUCAUUACACAGAGGGGGCUGAAUUGGUGGACUCUGUGUUAGACGUAGUAAGGAAAGAGUGUGAAAAUUGUGAUUGCCUACAAGGUUUCCAGCUGACUCACUCACUCGGAGGGGGCACUGGUUCUGGUAUGGGUACCCUCCUCAUCAGUAAGGUCAGAGAGGAAUAUCCUGACCGCAUCAUGAACACUUUUAGCGUAGUCCCAUCUCCCAAGGUGUCCGAUACAGUAGUUGAGCCCUACAACGCAACUCUAUCUAUCCACCAACUGGUGGAGAACACAGACGAAACUUACUGCAUUGACAAUGAAGCUUUAUAUGACAUCUGCUUCCGCACCCUCAAACUGGCCACUCCUACCUACGGAGAUCUCAACCAUCUUGUCAGUGCCACAAUGAGUGGAGUAACAACUUCAUUGAGGUUCCCUGGCCAGCUAAAUGCUGAUCUGCGCAAAUUGGCUGUUAACAUGGUCCCCUUCCCUCGUCUACAUUUCUUCAUGCCUGGAUUUGCACCACUGACUGCUCGUGGCAGCCAGCAGUACCGUGCUCUGACUGUACCUGAGCUCACCCAACAAAUGUUUGAUGCCAAGAACAUGAUGGCUGCCUGUGAUCCUCGACAUGGCCGUUACCUGACUGUGGCCACUGUGUUCCGUGGACGCAUGUCCAUGAAAGAAGUGGACGAGCAGAUGCUAGCCAUCCAGAGUAAGAACAGCAGCUACUUUGUGGAAUGGAUCCCCAACAAUGUCAAAGUAGCAGUCUGUGACAUCCCUCCACGUGGCCUAAAGAUGUCUUCUACCUUCAUUGGCAACAGCACUGCCAUCCAGGAGCUGUUCAAGCGCAUCUCUGAGCAGUUCACAGCCAUGUUCCGGCGUAAAGCCUUCUUGCACUGGUAUACAGGAGAAGGUAUGGACGAGAUGGAGUUUACGGAAGCCGAGAGCAACAUGAAUGACUUGGUGUCUGAAUACCAGCAAUACCAGGACGCUACAGCAGAAGAGGAGGGGGAGAUGUAUGAAGAUGAUGAGGAGGAGUCUGAAGCUCAGGGGAAGUAAGGGGACAACCUCGGAGCUUGAGACCCCAUUUAGUGCCCCGUUGAAGGUUUUAGUAAUCUUUAUCAUUCUGCAUCAUGAUGUCUCUACUGCAUUAGGAUUAUAGUACCAUAGAAAUAAACAAUCUAUACCCAGCCUCCAUAUUCCAUUAACUCUUUGCUGCCAAAGGAGCGUGCAGAACUUGGUGUGUACCAGUAUGUGUCUUGCUGCUGAUUAUAGAUCAUUGUGAAUGUUGCAGUAGCCUAGAUGGGCUCUACAUCUGAGUAAGUGAUUGAUUGAGGACUUGGAACCGGGUCGAAUGAUCUUUGAUAAGGUGGGUGAGAUUUCGCACAAUGCCGCGACCUUCGUUGGUGUCCAUUUUGUGGUCUGCACAAAGAGUUAAUACAUUAAUGGGAAACGUUGUUUAGCUAAGGCUCCUACAGAGAUUGUGUAUCUGAAAACUCAUACUGCAAAAGGGAUUUCCCUCAUCCCACCCAGGCCGUUCUCGAUGUAUUACCAUUUUUUUUUUAUUUUUUUUUUUUUUGUCUGACAUGAAUUUUUUUAUUUUUUUUAUGUGCUUUUAUUUAUAUUUUUUUUUUGUCUGAUUUUUAUUGGGUUAUUUAUUAAA